AGGAAGCGUGGCCUCCGUCCUACAUGCAUGAAGGGGCUUUGCGCGUUAACUUGAAAACAAAAAUGGCGGGUCCAUAACCUGCUGUCAGCACCGUGACGACGGCCCGCUGCUUGUGAUGUCGAAGGUUGGACAGGAGGUUUUCUCAUGGCACAAUAAUGACAUCCAGGGGCACCUCAGACAAUGCCAGUCAACGGGAAAGUCAUCCCCAACACCCCGCUGGCCGUGGACUUCUGGCAUGUGCGGAAGUGUCCGGGCACCCGGCUGUUUUUCCUGUCCCACAUGCACAGCGACCACACGGUGGGGUUGACCUCCACCUGGAGCAACCGGCCCAUCUACUGCUCUCUAACCACCGCCGCUCUGCUCAGGCUCAAGUUGCAGGUGAAAGAAGAGUGGAUCCAUCCAUUAGAGCUGGAUGAGCCUUACCUGUUGCCACUGGAUGACAUCGGCAAGGAGAGGCUGACAGUCACACUGAUAAACGCCAACCAUUGUCCAGGGGCUGUCAUGUUUCUCUUUGAAGGCUACUUUGGCUCCAUACUUUACACUGGUGACUUCAGAUAUACUCCCUCCAUGUUGCGUGAGCCGUGCCUAAGGAGCAACGCAACUAUAGAUGUCCUGUACCUAGACAACACCAACUGCGACCCCAAUCGCACCCUCCCCUCCAGACAGCGAGCCACUCAACAAAUCAAAGAGAUCAUCCGCAGACACCUCGACCACAAUGUUGUCAUAGGCCUCUACGCACUUGGGAAGGAGUCCCUGCUGUUGGAGCUGGCGAUGGAGUUUAAAACCUGGAUCGAGGUGAGCUUUGAGAGGAUGGAGACCCUCAAAGUGCUGGAGCUGCCUGACGUCUUCACCACUGAACCAGGAGCCGGUCGUAUCCGAGCUGUGGAACAGUCAGUGAUUUGCUCUGCCACUUUAAACCAGUGGAACAAAGAACAACCCACUUUGGCCAUAAUUCCCACCAGCAGGCCCCUGGUCUCUUUUCACCCCAACGUUCAUGUUGUGCCAUACUCUGACCACUCCUCUUACCAAGAGCUGGAGGAUUUUGUCUCUGCACUUAAACCUACUUCCCUUGUACCCAUUGUAGGAAACCAUGUACCUGGAAGUUUCUCUGCCUUACUGCCCAGCAAAAAGCACCAUGAAAUCCUGGUGCCUGAGUCAGUCCGACACUACAUGUUGAGACGGCCUGAGAGCCAACUCUGCUCUUCCCCAUACACCAGCCUUCGACGCAGAGGUUUCCAACCUCUUGUUCCCAAAGGGGUGGUAUUUGAGUCUCCUGAAAGGGGAUCCAAGAAGUCAUGCGAAGAAGCCUGGGAGGCAGAGUGCCGAGAGCAGGACGCUUCUGGGGUAGAGAUGGACACAGAAAGUAGUGAAAAGGACUCUGACUGCAUCCUUGUUGACCUGAGCAAGGACCUCACCCCUAACAAAAACAGAAAAGGGACUGGAGAUAUGUGGAGCCUCGAUAUUAUCCAAACAGUGUCUGAAGAUGUGGUAAUGGCUGAGUCGGUGCCUUUCAGUCAACUUAGCCAGAGUAACUUUGCUCCGAUGGAGAUCCUGACAAACACCAAGGCCUGCUUGAAGUCUGUCAGAAAGACAAGAGGGCCUUUUAAAAGCAAUGCCAAAAUAAUCAACAACACAAUUUCAAAUGAAAAGUACAGCAGCCAGGGUAGCAGACUCGGUAAUGUUCAGAACAACUACACAUUGUCAGUGAGUGGUGGCAUGAGUCAGCACAGUGGGCAUGCUAUUGAUCAGGACGGUGACAUAAUGUCAAAUGACCAAAUGAACAACAUCGUGACAACAUUGCAGAGCAGCCUCCAGAAUGAUUCCUGUUCUUCAUCAAGCUCAGAGACUGAGCUGAAGCAGGAGUAUUUAGAGGAGCUUGAAAGCCAUAUUUUAAAGGCUCUCUCCUUCACAGAGGAGGACAUGAAGGUGUGUGGCCUCUUGCAGCAGAGCUUUGUGCAGCAGUUUCCUCUCUCUCCUGUCUGUGAUGCACAAGAUGAUCACAUCUCGGCUGAAUAGUGUGUGUGUGUGUGUGUGUGUGUGUGUGUGUGUGUGUGUGUGUGUGUGUGUGUGUGUGUGUGUGUGUGUGUGUGUGUGUGUGUGUGUGUGUGUGUGUGUGUGUGUGUGUGUGUGUGUGUGUGUGUGUGUGUGUGUGUGUGUGUGUGUGUGUGUGUGUGUGUGUGUGUGUGUGUGUGUGUGUGUGUGUGUGUGUGUGUGUGUGUGUGUGUGUGUGUGUGUGUGUGUGUGUGUGUUAAAGAAGAGCACUUUAAAGGCAACACAUAAUGUAUGUGUGGCCUGGAGUUUAGAAAAGCAGGCUUGUGAUCAGUGUUUAGAGCUGACCUGUGAAGUGAAUAACCUUUGCUCCCACCUUUCAACAUGGUAACCUUGGCUUUGUAUGCCAGGGCUGCUUUCUUUGGUUAGAAAAAAGAGAAUUAUUUAUUUUGUUCUAAUGGAAGACACUAACCAGUGACCUUUAGUGACCGGUAUAUGUGGUCAGGGCUGAUGCACAGCUUAUAUCUGUAAUGGAUGUUUGUAAAGUCACAUUUCCACAAAGAUAGACCAGUAAGCUAGUUACUCUUGUUCUUUUGUUUUUAGCCUUGAGAACCACCGGUUUCGUAACAGCGGCUGUUUUUACAUUCUUUAUUUUGAGGAGUUGAAAAUUAGUCUUUAUGUUCGAUCUGCCUUUUCCACCUUCAUUUGUAUAUUUCCUGUGUUUCAGUAAUGGCAUUGUUUAAGUCAAUUGUGAACCCUUAAAGAAUGUUUUCAUUAGUUUUUUUGAGAAUCAAGUUAUCAAAGAGAAAUUGUAAUUUUGAUAUCAUCUGUAUGAAAAAUGUUUGAGAAGAUACUGUUACAAAUAAAGUGUGUUUUCCUAUACAACCAACCAUAA